AACAAUGGCUGACGGCUACGACCCCCAAAAGUCUCGUGUCGCAGAGGACACUCUGGCCGACUUCCUGCGUGCGCCGCUCACGGGUGACCUGACGGAGGUGCCGGGCAUCGGCAAGGCGGCGGUCGCGAAGCUUGGCGAGGCAGAAGACGGUGAGGAUGCCGUGACCAACACGUUCCAGCUCAUCGGAAAGUUCCUCAUGCUUAAGGCUAACUCAGACGAUAACGACGACGGUGUUAUCGACUGCGCGGCCCACUGUGACGCCUUUUGGUUCUGGCUCAAGUCAAAAGGCAUCACAGCUUACAGAAGCGGUAUUGUGAUGGCCAUCGCUGAGAAGGUGAACACGAUGCUGCCUGGUAUUUACGACGCAGCAGAGUUCCAAUAGAACAUCGCCAAGAAGAGAAAAACUAGCAGAGACGUCAAGCAACACAAAAAAAGUUAUGGAGAAUGAGAUUCGAGUGCAAAGAUCCAGCGUUGAGAUCAGUGGAAGGAAAACCAGUAUUGCCAGCCAGAGAUGAUUUUUCGUGCGUGUGUUAUUUGCAGUGGCUCGCGUAUCACAAGGACAAAAUCUUUACAUUUGCUCGCUGCUCUACCUACAUACUAGUAUUUUCCAAAGACGUUUUUAUAUGUUAAUGUAAUCUCCACAAACCGCGCUCCUGCUCGACGUGGGCACGGCCAACUGGAGCGAAAAAUGUGUCGCUAUCCCAAGAAAAGGGAAACGACGGGAAGAGCUCGCCACCCGCGGGGUUCAAAGUGGUGCUUAAUGAACUAGCCGUUCCGAGAUCCAAACACUCGUUCAACAUGCGCAACUCGAGCAUUUUCUCCAUCGACCUGCUGUCUUGGCGCUCCGAUGUGGACGCCACAGGUAAAAUGAUGUUAUGCAGCUCCUCCAUCGAGAAAUUGAACGCCUGCUCUGACGACGUGCUCGUGGGCGUCGCAUUCUUCUCUUCACUGGCCUUCAAAAAACCCACAGGGUCUGCCACCCAUCGUGGCACACCUUUGGCUAGAGGGGAGUUCGUCGCGAUGGCCAGCUCGUGGCCUUCCGUCCUGUUGAAACUGUCGUUUUCCCGCUUGAUCAUCUUCGCGGCAGCGGAAGUCCCAGUAUCUCCGGAUCGCA